AUGCUCCACCCAGUCAGAAGCCCUUCACAUGUUACAUCCCUAUUUGCAAACACCGCUUGGUUCAACAUUCUCUCAGCCCUGGAUCCCCUGCUACUCAACCCCAAAGAAGCAGAUGACUUUGUCGCCAUCAACGAGGGAACAAGCAGAGUCAAGAGCUUCUUCUAUGGCUUACGAACCGCCCUGAAACAGCAUCUUAAUUCCCGGAAAAUCAACACGCCCGAGGAAGCAAAGAACACGCCUCCUAUGCCGGGAUAA